AUGGAGGGGAGCGGCGGCGGCAAGCACUUCAUCCUCGUCCACGGCCUCUGCCACGGCGCGUGGUGCUGGUACAAGCUGGUGCCGAUGCUCCGCGCCGCCGGGCACCGCGUUACCGCGCUCGACAUGGCCGCGUCCGGCGCGCACCCGGCGCGCAUGGACGAAGUGGAGUCGUUCAAGGACUACUCGCGGCCGCUGCUCGACGCCGUGGCCGCGGCACCGGCCGGCGAGAGGCUGGUCCUGGUCGGGCACAGCCUCGGCGGGCUCAACCUCGCGCUCGCCAUGGAGAGAUUCCCACGCAAGGUCGCCGCGGCCUUGUUCCUCGCCGCGUGCAUGGUCUGCGCCGGCAGGCACAUGGGCGUCACCAUCGAGGAGUUCUCCAGAAGAACCCCAUCCGAUUUUUUCAUGGACAGCAAGAUCAUGGUUCUGAACACAUAUCAAGGCCCUCGGCCUGCAGUCGCGCUUGGCCCCAAAUUGUUGGCAGCGAAAUUGUACGAUCGAAGCUCAGUCGAGGACCUGACACUGGCUAUGUUGUUGGUGAGACCGGGCUGCCAGUUCGUGGACGACCCGAUGAUGAGGGACGAGGCUCUGCUCAUCGACGCCAACUACGGGUCGGUGAAGAAGGUGUACGUUGUGCUCACGGACGACGUUUCCACCUCCGAGGAGAUGCAGUGCUGGAUGGUCGACCUGAGCCCGGGCACGGAGGCCGAGGUGCUCGCCGGAGCCGACCACAUGGCCAUGUGCUCCAAGCCCAGGGAACUCUGUGAUGCUCUGCUCAGGAUCGCCAACAGGUAUGACUGA